AUGAAAAUUCGGGAACUUAUUGAGCAAGAAUUAAAGAGACCAGUGGAAGACCUACGUCUGAUUGAUCCUAAACCAUUACCAAAAUUGGAUUCAAUCCCAGGUAAUAGAAUGACUAGAAAAAUGUUUGGAAAUUGUCUUAUGAUUAUUGAAUUCUUACAUGCAUUCUCAGAUGUAUUAUGUAUAGACCCUGAGAUCAUUCCAAAUAUGGGAGAAUUGCAAUCUGCAUUAAUUGAUCGAAAUCCUCAAUGUCAACGGUUUCUUGUACAUUUGGUGAUCGGAUUGCUUAAACUCGCUGUUGAGGAUCCAGGAUUGCCAAGUCCAAGACUUAUUACUCAAUUACUUGGUCAGAAAUUUAAUGAAAUAGAAUUAAAUGAACAAACGAUUAGUAUCAUACUUCGAGUAUUUAUUAUUAGUCGAAAUGGUUAUGAAGAUGAUAUGUCGGAUUGGCUUCAUCCUCCAAUUCAAUUUAUUGAUCUUACUGGAGAACAACAAGCUAGUUUAUUAGCUUUCAUUUGUGAUGAAUUAAUUUGUUCAAGUCGUCUUAUAUCAACUGAAAUAGACAGAACAAUUGAACAACAAUCUUUGUUGAAACGUGAAAAAUGGAUUAUUGAAUCAAAAAUACGAAGAUUGCGUUUAUUGAUUGCUCAAAAACUGACAAUCACAGGGAAUUUAAUCAAUAAUACCAUAACAGAAUAUGAUAGAAAAGCAAUCGACAUGGAACCAACUGCAUAUCAAAAAAAUAUGCCAUUAACUACAUUGCCAAAACUCACAUCAAUGCCCAUAGUUGGUAAUUCUUGUGCAAUAUCUUCUACCUCAUUAUCAGAUGAUGAAGAUAGUACUUGUAAAAUAAGUGAACUUGAGGCUAAGAUUGAAUCACUAACUCGAAAAACAGAACAAAAACAAAGAGAAAUUGAUGAAUGUUCAUCCAGAUUGUCUGGACUAUUUCUUGGACAAGACAGAUAUUAUUGUAACUAUUAUGUUUUAAAACAUAUGGGCGGCAUUUACAUUGAAUGUGAAUCUCCUGGUAAUAUGUCAACAAAAAGUGAUUGUUGUGUUGAGUCUCUAACAACAGAAGGUGGUGAAAAUCCCAUAUUACCUAUUGACAGCACUUUAUCUGAACUUCCUGAUUCUCACCUUGAUCACAUUGUGAAUCAGAUAAAAGUACGCCGAGAACUUGCACAACAACGCCAACUUAAGUUGACUGUUUCCACAGCUAAUUCCUAUCCAUGCCAUGAUAUUCCUCUUGAAAAUAAACUUCAUUCAAAUUUUGAAAAACUGCAGCUAGAUGGUAAUUCACAUGCCGUUAUUUUAAAUCAAACAGAACAAUGUGAUAUAAACCCUGAAACAAUCUUAAAUGAUGUACAACUGAAGAAUUCUGAUCAUUUAAACGGCAAAGAUGUAAUAGAAACUGUGAAUGAAAAUGUUUGCCCACGAUCUCCGAAUUGUGUUCACAUAUCACAUCCUGAUAACGAGAAAAUAGUAGAAAAUUCUGAUGAUUCAAGUUGUAUAAGAGAUUCUUCGGGUAUUUAUUCCAAUUAUGAUGUUAAAAAUAUUUCUGAAGACAUAAAUUGUGAAUCCUUAGCUCAAAUACCUGAUAACGAUCCAAGCGAAUUAUCAACUGAGAAAUAUCCCGUCAUUACUCUUCCAAAAUAUCCUACGGAGUCUCAUUCAACACAAGAUGAUAAUAUAAAUUCUCAGUCAUUAGGAAGUUGUAUAGAUGAUACAAAUGGACCAGUAGGAUUCGUCUAUAAUCAUAUUUUACACAAAGACGACAAUGAAGAAUCAACAAAUCAGUCGAAGAAUGAUUUUGAAAUAAAAAUUAAUGUUACCAGUGAAGGUAUUUGUGAUUCAUCUAUGAAUCCCAUUCCUUUAAAUGAAGUUGAUGGUAUCGAAUGCAAAGAGGAACUUAAAGUUAAAAUAUCAACUCCCUUAACCAAUCAUGAUAAUAUAACUCAAGAUACUAUGAUCAAUAGAGAUAAUGUUAAACUAGAGGAUAAUAAUAGACAAACUAAUGAACAAGAUUGUCAUGAUAAACUUGUCAAUGAAAUUUCUUCAUAUAAAUUAGAAUCUUUCACAGAUAAGACAUACACUUUAGGACAACCAUUAGAUUUAUCAAAUAAACCUUUACAUUCAGAACCAUUUUCAAAUGAAAAUUUCAAUCAUGAAACACUUCCUAUUGAAUUUAAAUCAGAUUUGGAUGAUUUAACAUUAACCAAAAGUGUAAUGUUAUUUAUGAAUCAUGCUGGAAUCAAUUUACCAACCGUUGAUAAUCAACUAUAUUCUGAUUCAUGGAUUUCUAUCAUGAAUUAUUGUAAAUUUUUACUUAGUUCUGCUAUAUCAGAUGAAAUGGUUUAUUUUAAAAAUUCUAAUUCUGAUAAUGUAUCAUCUAUGAAUUUACCAUUGAAAGAAUCAAUCAUCAAAUUAAGAGAGAUGAUGUUAAAUCAAUUUAAAACAGAACCCUUAAAUGAAAGACAAAUGAUCAAUGAACAAACUAAUAAUCAUUAUCAAUUGGAUAUUGAUAUAACAGAAUGUGUUAAUAAUGAAUUAGAAAAUAGACGUAUUCAAACAAUGAAAGAAAAUUUAUCAUAUUUAAAAUUAAAAAAUGAUAAUAUACAAUCAAAUUGGUAUCAACUUGUAGAUAUAAAUAAACUUAAAGAUUUAUUAGAUGCUCUUAAUUGUCGUGGAGUUCGAGAAAAACAAUUAGCGAAAUGUAUUCGACGUUCAAAAGAUUUUAUAGAAUUGUCUAUGCAUGUAGCUUUGAAAAGAAAUUCCGACUAUGAAGUUGUUAAAUCUUUACCUACAACGAAAUUGAACUCACGGCUUAUGCAAAUUCGUACUCAUCGUCGUAGAGGAAGACGUAGUGGUAGAGGCCAUGGAACAACAAAAAUGAGUUCUGGAUUUUAUUACACUGGAGGUGGUAGUUGGAACUGUUUAUCUGGAAAAACUUCAAAUGGUUUUAUAUCAUCUUCAUCUUGGGAAGGAAAUAAUUCUAGUGAAAGUAAAGAGAUCGAACGUCUGCAUUCAUCAACUUCUAAUAUUUCUCGUUCUGAUAUUCUGUGUUCUAGUGAUGAUGGUUCUAGUGAUACUAAUAGUGGACUAACAGUCACAUCUUUAGCCGGUUCCAAACGCACUCUUGUAGACAUGUGUCGUGGUUAUCAUAACUUUUCACUUACGUCUACAGUAAAUCCAAUUGAAAUUAUCAGCUCUAAAUACAAAAUUUUUGAUAAUAAAGGGUUGAAAUGGGAGGAUAAUUCAACAGAAUAUGAAAAUUUUAUGAGUGAAUGUCAACUGCUUUAUGAUGUGGAAGCUCUCGAGGACAAAAUAAUAUAUGCCAGUUUGCAAACUAAAGAAUGGAAGAUUCCAAAUAAAACAUCUGAAGAUGAAAUAAUCUCUCUCAUUCCUCGUACUGAAGUCAAGAAAUCACGGUUUGAACACUGGCCACUGGAAUUGGCACGGAAUCGUUUAUUAGACAUUGAACGUCAUAUAGAACGCCGUUAUCUACUUCCACCAUUUAAUUCCGAAGUUCAUUUAAAUAUUAUCCCUGAAGUUGAAACUAUUGAUGUACCAUUUCUUCCAGAAGUACGUAGUAAUACAGAGUCUACAGAUACAGGGAUAGAAACUGAAGGAGAGUGCAAUGACAUAAAAUAUGAUAGAUGUGAAUUUAACACUGAAAUAGUUGAAGAUGAUAUUAACGUCUCUAGACAAAAUCAUGUACCACAAAUCCGUCAUGUAACCAAUAAACAAUCUAACUCAAACGAUCCGGUUGAUACUAGUAAUGCGUGUGAUUUUCAGCUUGAUGCUAACCAUCCAGAUGGAUUAAAUGGUCCUAUACAUGACCAAACAAAUAACAGUAUUCCUCAGGAUCUUAUGGAUUGGCGUACCAACCUAAAUCAAGCAUCUGAUAUUAACACAAUACGUAGUUGCAUGAAUCAGUUAGUUCUAGCAAUUGCAUGGGAUAAGUCAAUAAUGAAAGUACUCUGUCAGAUAUGCAGACGUGAUAACAAUGAAGCUUGUCUAUUAUUAUGUGAUGGAUGUGAUCGUGGUUAUCAUACUUAUUGUUUUCGUCCACAAUUAUCUAAUAUACCAUCUGGAGAUUGGUUUUGUUAUGAUUGUGUAUCAAAAGCAACUUCAAAACACUUAUGUUAUAUAUGUGGUGGAUCUGAAAUUGACGAUAUUCAACAACAAACUGAUAGUAAUUCAUCAAUUUCAGAAAUUAAACGAUUAGCAGUUUGUUAUCAUUGUUCACGAGCUGUGCAUAAUAGUUGUGCUCGACCAGCAUUUGUACGCAUACCAAAACAAUGGUAUUGUUCUAAUUGUAUAUUUUUAAAAUAUAUAAAAACAAAAGAUGAAAAUUCUAAUUUAUCUCUACAGAAAUCCCGAAGAAAACGCAAAGUAUAUGAAGAUACUGAUGUAAAUAAUAAUCAGAUGCUAAAAAGGAGUAAAAUGUGUUCCGCCUUGAAAUUAGAACAUCCAAGUAUGAACUCCUAUGAUGCAUUAAGUAUAGUUGACAGUAAAUUUACAAAUCCAAAUAGAAAAUAUCAAGGUUGGUGGAGGAAAGUCCAUAAAUAUCGGAAACGUACAGAGAAUAUUGAUAGCGGAACUAUUCCAAUUACUAAAUCCAAGAUAAGAAAAUAUAAGCCUAGAUCUCAUACUGAUUUAGAGAAUAAGAGACGAAAACCUAGUGCCUCCGAAGAAUUGAAUGAAUUUCCAUUGCGUAAAAAGCCUGGUAGAAAACCAACUUACCAUUUAAAUACACUGCCUACAAAACCCAAACGUCAUUAUCAUCGUCGAUCUAUAUUACUGGUAUCUAAAAAUAUAUCUGGAUCCCGAGGUCGUCCUCGUCGUCGCUGUCGCACAUUACAUCAGGAAAUAACAAAUGGCAAUGAUGAUAAAUCUUCUACCAUUGAUUCAACAGAAUCUAUACAGCCUUUGUGUCAAACUUAUCAGCCAAUGAAAUCCAAUGAGCUUGAAUGGUGUCGACGAGCUACAGAAGAUUUACUAAAUCAUGAAGCUUCUUGGGCAUUUCGUAAACCAGUUAAUCUAAAACAAGUACCUAUCUAUCGAAAAAUAAUUAAGCAUCCAAUGGAUUUAUCUACAAUAUGGAGAAAAGUACAGCAUCCUGCAGCAUAUACUACCUUCAGUAAUUGGGUUCAUGAUGUUCGUCUCAUUUUUUCUAAUUGUGAAUUCUUUAAUGAAGAUGAUUCAGAGGUUGGACGUGCUGGACAUGCUAUGCGAGCUUAUUUUGAAUCACGUUGGUCUAAAUUUGAUGAGAAAGUGAAUUUAAAUGGCCAUGAAGUAGAUGAUGAAAGUAAAUCUCAAAAAGAACUAAUGGCUACCAAUAGUGUUCCAGAGAGACUCAUUGCAAUUUGUGAAGAUACUACAGAAACGAAACAUCUCAACACUAUGUCUGUACAGAGUACUAGUGGUACUGAGAAUUGA